ACGUGACUCGGGGAAGAUGGCCGCGCUGACGGCUGAUAACUUUGCAGCGCUCCAGAGCUUGUUGAAGGCCUCUUCAAAAGAUGUUGUCAGACAGCUGUGCCAAGAGAGCUUUUCCAGAUCAGCCCUUGACUCGAAACAACUCUUGGAUGUUACGUGUUCCAGCUUGUCCGUGACCCAGGAGGAGGCAGAACAACUGCUCCAGGCCCUGCACCGCCUCACCAGGCUGGUGGCGUUCCGUGACCUGACCUCCGCCGAGGCGAUUCUGGCUCUCUUUCCUGAAAAUUUCCACCAAAACCUCAAAAACUUGCUGACAAAAAUCAUCCUAGAACACGUAUCUACUUGGAGAGGUGAAGCCCAGACAAAUCAGAUCUCUCUGCCGCGCCUGGUCGACCUGGACUGGAGGGUGGACAUCAAAACCUCCUCAGACAGCGUCAGCCGCAUGGCCGUGCCCACCUGCCUGCUCCAGAUGAAGAUCCAGGAAGAUCCCAGUCUGUGUGGGGACAAACCCCCCGUGUCCACGGUCACCAUGGAGCUGAGUAAGGAGACGCUGGACACGAUGUUAGACGGGCUGGGCCGCAUCCGAGACCAGCUCUCUGCCGUGGCCAGCAAGUGAGCAUGGCCGCCUGGCUGCUCAUGGGCGCUGUGCCUCCCGCAGGUGGCUGCCCCCCAGCCGCCGCCUACGGCAGGGGCCGGGGCCGGACACCCGCCAUCCAGGAGGCGCAGCUGGACCAGGAGGAAGCAGCCAGGCCCCUGUGCUGUUCUCCUCCCUCAUCUUCUCCCUCCUUCCGAAGCUGAGGAGCAGAAGCCGCUCUCUUUGAAAGGCUCCCGGGUGGGACUUAGUCACCACCACGGUGGUGAGAGGGAGGCUUUGCUUCGUCAUCCGCCUCUGCCCGGCUGAUUGGAAGAUUCAGGCCCAUAUUGUGGCACUUGUCUUAAUAAUUCCUCUCCAGCAGUGGCACUGAUUAGUUCAGUUCCAGCUCUGGAACACGUGCAGGGAAUCAAGCGGGUGAUGCCAGCUGUUCCUGCAUUUCUGUUGGAGCAGCCCGGCGGAUCCCGCAGGGCAGGGCCCCCACGGGGUGCCCACCCUGCCCUGAGUCCAGAGCCUUCCUGAGCUCCCCCGGCCCUGCUGGACCACCUGUCCAGAUAGGAAGUCUGAAAUGGGAGCUCAUUCUCUCUUUCAGAAGCCAGAAGCCAGAAGCCCCUUCCUUGAUGUAAUGCAGCCACUUGGGGAGGAAGUGGGAGGGACUGGAAAUAAAUAACAGUUCUAAAAGCUA